CAUGGCAUAACCGAGGCGACGGGAAAAACCUCCAUUGCUUUGCGGCUCAUGUCCACUGUGAUGGUCAGGGAUGGUACGAGGUUUUGCAGUGCACACUUCCACCUUGUGAAAACCCCAGAGCCACUAGACACAUACUCUAAGGUCUGGUGAUUUUGGAGAUUACUCCUGUGGACCUCUGCGGCCUGUUCACCGUCCGGGCAGACAUUCAUAAAAACGUUGACUUCACUUUCUCCUCCACCCUUCCUGUCAAACGCGCUGACAUGGUAGAGGAGGGCCUGGGCUAUUCAUAGGUACCAAGGUCACUGGAGUGCUGCUAACCACGCUGAAGUAACAUCCCGCCAAGAGUGGGGCGAGUUUUUUGGGACACCGUGUACCAGGUCUAUGGGUGGGGAUCGUGGUCCGAAGAAAUAUUCAAGAGGCGUUGGAGCUCAAUAAUUAUUUAAGUUAGAUAUUGGUAUGGGAGGAAGAGGCCGUGGAAGAGGGAAGGGGAGAGGAUUAUCCUUCAAUGUGGAACAGUUGGGGGUGACCAAGGCAGAGGUUCUACAAUCAGGUCCAAAACAUCAACCACCACCUACAUACCCACCAUUGGAGCGAAAGGCAUUGCCUCUGUCUACUGGUGUAGAAGAAGACUACCUGCUCAUUGUGAGGAAAGAAUUCCAAUACUCUAUGAGGGAUUCACCUCUCAGCAUCAAGCCAUCUGUUCAGAAGUCAUCAGCUGAGAUAUGCUCUCGGAAGAGCCAAAAGAAAUCUGAGGAGAGUACCUUCCCCUUUGACUGGUCAUUGUUCCCAGCAGAACUUCACCCAGGAAAGAAGGUUCACAAGAGGAAGGCAAAAAUUGUAGUACCAGUUAAAAUCAAGAAAGCUCAAACUGUACAGACCCCAGACAAGGAUGUGAUCAGCAAACUUGAGGACUUGGAGAAAAAGGAGGAAAAAGGGGAUGUACAAGAAGGAGAGAAGGAGCAAGAAGAGGAGGAGGACAAGGAAAAGGAAAGAGUGGAGGAGGAAGAGGAGGAGGAGGAAGACUUAGAUGAAGAAUUGGAUGAAGGAACAGAUUAUGCAAAUGCAUAUUUUGAUAAUGGAGAAGGGUAUUUGGAGGAAGAGGAUGAUACUUUGGAUGAUGGACCUAUAUAUUGA